AUGCCCUCAUGGGCCAUAUGGCGCUGGCCGUGCUUUGGAUUAGCAGCUGCAGCGGCGAGUGAAGGCGCCGAGUCCUUCGAGGACUUCGUCCAGCGAUUUCACCGCAGCUACGAAGCUGGGUCUCGAGAAUUCGAGGAGAGACAUCGAAUCUUCCAGGCACGGGCGGAGGAGGUGCAGGCGCUGAAUCGCCGCCCCUCUCGUCGCUGGACCGCGGGCCUCGGGCCCCUGGCAGACUAUCGAGACGAGGAGCUGCAGGCGCUGCGCGGCUGGCGUGGCACUGCCGGCUCCCAAGCAGACGACCCCAGUGCGCUGGUGCAGGUGCGCUCACUGCCGGAGCAGUUCAACUGGACCUCGCUGGCUGCUCUGCGCGAGGUGGCGAGCCAAGGCGGCUGUGGGUCCUGUUGGGCCGUGACGAGUGCCGUGGUUUUGACGGCUCAUGCAGAGAUCAGCGGCCGGCCGCGGAGCUUCUCAGCUCAGGAGCUUGUGGAUUGUGUGCCGAAUCCGAAGCACUGCGGUGGCAAGGGCGGCUGUACAGGGGCCACAGUAGAAUUGGCGAUGAGUUACGCCAUGCAUGUGGGCCUUCGCAAAGAGAGCGAAGUGCCUUACAAAGCCAAAAGCAGCGAGUGCGGCUUGCAAAGCUUGCAACCUGCUCCGAGUGCCCUCCAGACGGCCGCAGCUUUCAACCAGGAUAGUGGGCACGAGGCAGUGGACGUGAAGGAUCAGUACCGUGCACAGGUUGAAGAGGACUUAGCUGCCCUCGCGUACCUGCAUGAGCACUCGGACCUGCAGGCGCCGCGCGUGCACAGCGCCGCGGCGGACUCCGCCGGGCUUGGCUUCGGCCUGCAGGGAUGGGAGAAGCUGCCACCCAAUCGUCAAGAGCCUCUCCUGCGAGCCCUCUACGAGCGGGGGCCCGUCGGCGUUUCGGUAGCUGCGACGAAUUGGCAUCUCUACGCUUCCGGAGUUUUCGAUCAUUGCGCGAAGGACUCAGUCAUUGAUCAUGCCGUGACGCUGAUUGGUUACGGUAGGGAUUCCAAGUCUGGAGAUCUUUUCUAUUUGAUACAGAACUCGUGGGGCAACAACUGGGGAGAGGGCGGCCGCAUUCGCAUUCUGCGCAGUGAUGCAGACGAUUCGCAGCAAUGCGGUUGGGACCGGCAACCUGAAAAGGGCACUGCUUGCACUGGCGACCCUGCACAAGUUCGGGUAUGUGGCAUGUGUGGCAUCUUGUAUGACAGUGUUGUUCCCCACUUCGGGACUCUGCAGUGA